AACGUAAACAAAAUAUACAAAUCUAUUAGAUCAAAUAUAAAUUCUAAUUUUUUUAAAUAUAUUCUUGUAAUAAAUUAAAUACAAAUUGGCUCUGAAUUAAAAAUAUUAAAUUCAUAAAAAUUUUUAUAGUAUAAUAGUUAUCAGGGUAAAUUUUCAUUUCUGAUGCAAUUUGUUUUUGUGUUUAAUUUGUUUCAAAAUAUUUGAUAUCUACUUAAAAGCAACGUCUAAAAUGCAGAAGAAACUUUUAAUAAUUCCACUAUUAAUGUUAUUUGGGAACGGAUGCAAUGGAGAUUAUACGACUAAUGAAUGUUCAUUACUGGGUUUCAAUAAAGCAAAUCUUUUGUGUUCGUCUUGUGAUCAGCUUAAAAAGUUCCAACUGACAUCAUUAAGAGAACACUGCACAAACUGUUGUCAAGUUGAUGAAGAAAAAUCUAUUAAAGUAUAUGCAAAAGCCAGAUUGGAAGUCUGUACUUGUAAAUUUGGUGCUUAUCCUCAGAUACAAGCGUUUAUAAAAAGCGAUCGUCCCAACAAGUACCCUAACUUAACGAUCAGAUAUGUACGUGGGUUGGAUCCAUUAAUUAAGCUCAUGGACAGCAGUGGAAAUGUGCAAGAGGUUUUGGCAAUCGAACGAUGGGACACCGAUACAGUGGAUGAAUUCUUGAGCACUCAUUUAGAACGCAUCGAAGACGAUUAUCGAUCAAACCUAGUGUAAUCGAUUGAAUGAAUGUUAUUAUUUUAAACAACUAUUAUUUUUGAACGCGUUUUCAUUUAAUUUAUGCACACUAUAACAGUGCACAUAACAUUUAUAAUGUUAAUAAUAUUCGUGUCCAAGUGUCAUAAUUAUUAUUACAUACGAUUUUAGCUGCACGCGUGCAGUGAGACCGUCUCACUAUCCCUUUAUAAGAAUUACAUAUUAUACGAAUACGGAAUAAUAUUAUAACUUCGUGUACUUUGCUGCAGUGAA